AUGUUUUCAAGUAAUUUACAAAAAAUUUCUUUAAAAAGAGGUGAGGGAAUUGUCGGAGGAGAUGUUGCGAAGAAUCACAGCUAUCCCUUUCAAAUGAUGAUCGAAAUGAAAUGCUUAAUGAACGAUGAGUGCAGUGUUUACAUUUGCGGUGGAACGCUUUUGUCGCCGACCGUCGUGCUCACGGCCGCGCAUUGUAUGACGUUUUUCCAAAAUUAUCCCGAGGGUCUCCGGAUUCGCGCUGGCGCUGCAAUGAUCAACAAUCGGAUCGAUGGAGAGCAGCUUUCCGCCGGUUCUCAAGUCUGGGUCCAUCCGAGUUUCAACGCCGAGAAUUUCAUUGAUGAUUAUGCGCUGAUUAAGGUGGUCACUCCAUUCGAAUUCACGGAUUCCGUUCAACCGGUGGCCCUUCUCGAUAAUGAGGCGGCUUUUUUCUCUGGAAAAGUAGUGACCACGAUUGGAUGGGGAACACUCGAUGAGAAAAGUGUGACUCAUUCAAACGAGCUUCGUGAGGUGAAUGUCACCGUCAUUUCAACAACCGAAUGCCAAAAAGAGUAUGGGAAAGAGUUUGAUUUAAAGACGCAAAUCUGUGCCGGCGAUACAGGAAAAGACUCGUGUGAGGGUGAUUCGGGUGGUCCGCUUCUUUUCGAGCAUCAUUGGAGUCGCGAUUCGCCAGCCAAACUCACCGGUAAAUGGGCUCAAAUCGGGAUCACGAGCACCGGGAAAGGAUGUGCCGAAGCUGGAUUUGCAGGGAUCUACUCGCGAACGGCGGCGGCAAUCGACUGGAUUUCCUCAACCUACAAGGCCAACAUUCCCGAUGAGGCGCCGAUUGUCGAAUCGGCUACCGUAAUC